AUGUUAAGGCUUCCCUCAUUGCAUCUUUUAGAUUUGAGUGGAUCAUACUCUCUUGUGAGGUUACCCGAAAGCGUCUCUCAGUUUUCUAAGCUUAGAGAACUUAGGUUGUUUGGGUGUAUCAACCUUCAGUCGUUGCCAAAACAACUUCCGUUGAGUAUAAAGUUCAUAGAUGUACGUCAUUGUCCUAUGCUGCCAAUUUCAAAGAAUUUGACAGUAUGGACUGCUAUUAACUGUUUUAGUUUCAUGAUUUGUGGAAAUUCCCCCGAGGAUGAAGAUAGAACAAGGCACCACCUUGCAGUUCACGAACUUCAUGAUGAACUAUUCUUUUCUAAAUACAUUGAGGACCGAAUUUAUCAUGAAAAGCCAUUUGAAAUUCGCGCUCAUUUUCCUCAUAGUACGAGAGUUCCGAACUGGUGCGGACAUUGGAUGAGUGGGUCUUCUGUAAGAGCCAAACUACCUAUUGAUACAGAAGGUAGUAAUAAUAGGUGUAUAGGGUUUGCCCUAUUUGUUGCUUUCGAAAUCCUUGAGAAUGAAAAGUUUCAGAAAAGUUGGGAAUUGGAAAAGACUGUUUGCCAUUUUUCCACCCGUGAAGGUCGUCUUGAACACCCCAUAGUCUUUCAAAACUUUGAAGACUACAGGGUUGGGUCGUCCUAUGGACUUUGCUGCUACGAGCCCCGAGGCGGGCAGUUUGCAAGGCAAUUGAAUGAAGGGAGUCGACAAUUUGAAGCUUCAGUUACAACGAAUCGACCAGACUUGGAAGUAAAAGGGUGCGGGAUACAUUUCAUAAGGCAGCAAGAUGUUGCAGAUUUUGUUAAGAAUUUAAUACCAAUUGCUAAUCACCGUCAACACCCAGGAUUUGAGCUUUGGUCUACAUUGGAAAGCUCUGGUGCUGAGAUGGUACUUGUAUAUGAUCGAUCCAUGGGAACCUCAAUGAACUUUCCACUCUGA